ACGCACUGGUAAUCUACCGUUGCAGGAUGGUCCAAAACCCUUGGACGCUAUGGACACUGAAGUUUUGGAAUUUUUUUCAAGAGACAUGGUGGAUGGGGAUGGACUCACUCCCGAAAUCGGUUUGGCAUCAACGGCUAAAAGUGUUGAUUUGCCGGAGGUAGACAUGGUUGACCUCGACGUGUUUGAUGAGGAGGAAGUAGUCGAGUUUCCACCGGGUCAGAGGUUUGAAGUUGUGGCCAAUAAGACAAACAAAAAGCGCAGUAGCCAAAGUUGCGUGGAAGAAGCUAGUGUUCUAAUUGAAGCCCAACACCAACAAUUGAAGAAUUUGUUGGAGAGGCAGCACAAGGAGCAUAUGGAUGCCUUAAAGGGCAUUCAUGAUACAUUAAAAGCUCUUUUAGAAGCUAUGACAGGUAAAAUUUAACGAUAACAGC